GUAAAGCAGCUCGUUCGUUCCUCCCUGUUGAGUUCACUUUUUGGCUUCCACCUUCCGGCGACCCUUUGAUUUUUUUUUGUGUUGUAAAAUCUGAACAUAUUAUAAGUUUGGAUUAUUUUAAUUUUCAUUUUUUAAUUCCCGCUAUAAUAUUUAACAAUCUUAAAGUAGAAAUUUCAUGGAAUUCGGAUUCGACAUCGUGGGUUCCUCCGGUAACGGGAUGAGUUUCGAAGCUCCGGUAGAAACCUCUUCGGUUGGAUUUGCUAAGUACCUACAGCAAGAUCCUUCCCAGCCAAACGACAGCAACGACCCCCUCGUGGCGAUGGUGAACCAAGCAUGGUACCAUAACAACUAUCUCACCAUCAACUACAUUCUCGAGGGGUUGGCCGAGACGUUGUACCCUGUCUAUGCUGGUGCAAAGCUUGCAAAGAAGCUUUGGAAUAGCUUGAACAAGAAGUAUCAAGCUGAAGAUGCCGGCACGAAGAAGUUCAUCGCCGGGAAGAUGCUGGACUACAAGAUGGUUGACAACAAAUCUGUUGUCGCCCAGGCUGAGGAGCUUACAGUAAUCUUCAAUAAAUGCAAUGAAGAGAAAGUAGGCGUUAGUGCAGCCUUUUUCAAGUGGCGGCCAUCAUUCACAAACUUCCACGCUCUUGGGAACACUUCCAAGCUGAUCUCAAGCUAAAAAGAACAGAGCUGAACCUGGAGCAACUGCUCAUGGGUUGAGGAUCCGAGAGGAAGGGUGAUAAGUCGUUUUUGGGUUAGUUCUUUUUAUUCUUUUUUAGGCAUUUUUAAUAUUUUUAGAGUUUAAUUUUUUGUUGUUUUGCUUAGUUUUAUUUUAAUUCCCAUUUUUACAAUUUUUAAUUUUCUUUCAAAAUAGUAGUUUUUUAAUCAUUUUUUUUACAUUCUAUUAUUUUUAU